AUGGAUGGGCACGAAUAUGCAGAUCAAAGAGAGAAUGAAGCUAUGGCUCGAGUGAUCAUAUCAUUCCUUAAGUAUGAAGAGUAUGCUCUGAAGGAAAUUUACAAUUUAAGAGUGAAGAAAUGGGAAUCGAUUUCGGAUCGUCAGAAAGCAAUGGUCCCAAGCUAUACAAAAUAUUUAGCAAACCUGAAAGCUGCAAUUCAAGAGAACGGCAAGUUCUUUAGAAGCAUCGCCGAAUAUACCAUGCAAUCAAUAAGCUUUAGACCGGAAGAAAUAGUACAACCCAACGAUUCGGAUAUGUGUAAAACCUGCUCUUUACUUACGCAAGUUUAUAGGGAAUGGUCCGCUGAAGCCAUUUCCGAACGUAACGGCUUGAAUUCGAGGCUCAUACCAUUUUUGAAGACCCUAUCACCUCCUAAAACCGACAUUUUGAUACCAGGUUGCGGUACAGGACGCCUUCUCGUGGAUCUUGGCAGGAUGGGCUACAAUUGUGAAGGUAAUGAAUUUUCCUACCACAUGCUGCUUGUAUCUCAAUACCUCUUGAAUGCAGGGCUACUCCAAAACCAAACCAUCAUCUAUCCCUUCAUACACUGCUUUUCCCACUGGAAUAGAAUCGAAGAUCAGUUGUCUCCCAUCAAGAUUCCGGACAUAGAGGCGCGUUCUUCAAAUAAAGGUAUGGGGUCUAUGUCGAUAUGCGCUGGCUCGUUUGUCGAUUGCUAUGGUCGAAAUCAAGGCACAAAGAUCUCGUCACAUUAUACAUUUUCGCGAAGGAUGCAAUUAAAUAGAGCAAAGGCCGAAAACUCCAAAGAUGUUGUAGUAACAAACUUUUUUAUAGAUACCGGAUCGAAUAUCUUGGAUUAUUUGGAUACUAUUGUUCACGUUUUAAAACCAGGCGGAAUCUGGUGCAAUUUCGGCCCUUUUCUUUAUCACUUCGAAAAUGACCAUGGUGUUGAAACUACCUACGAAGUUAAUCCUUACUCCGGAUUCCAAGACAAGAUUAAUGACCAUACACCACUGAUGGGUCUAGAGCUUUCUAGCGAUGAUAUCAUAAACAUUGCUACAAAUCGCCUGAACUUUGAAUUAAUACGGAGAGAAUCCGGAGUACUUUGUGGGUAUGGCCGCUACGCGGGUCCAGAAAGUUGUGCCAUGCCUGGAUACAUGUGCCACUUUUGGAUCCUAAAAUGGAACCCACUUAAUGAAUCAUAG